CUGCUUCAUGAGCCUCUGUCUUCCUGCACACCAGUUCCCUUGGAUGGCACGCACGGUUGACUGAAACUUUUGUGUGUCGACGGCCGUCAUAGGGUCUCGAACAUCGUGCUGGAGGAGUUGGCAUGGGCGGUGAUAGUGGUGGUUACCUUCGUCGUGUUCGUCGUGUUCGUCGUGUUUGCCCGGCUGGUUGCGGCUGUCGUAUGUUCUUCGUUUGAAAAUGAACUCAAAUCCGCUUCUAGUCCUUCAACUACGGCCUAGCUGGCCAUCCGUCUAAGUGGGACUCACUUGAGUUACUUCCAAUUUACCUGGUUUUCCCUUCUUUUCUGGACAUAUUUUCUACCCAGGUAUCCCCUUUUCCCCCUCAACUCAACGGAUUGUCUGCCGGUGUUGAUCACAACAAAGGAUUUCCAAUCUCAGAAGAUCUCCUUUCGGAAUAAGGAAUCCUUCUUUCCUCGACAACCUCUCUUGAGGAAUAGGCAAGCAGAUUAUUCCGUUCGAACUUCGCGCCAACCUGGCUGGAAUUGUUUCUGUGUGCUUCUCCGUGUUCUGAGUGCUCUCUGGUGCCUUGUGUGGGUCGUCUACCGCCUCCGUAUUCCAUCCUCUGCAUAUGUGUGUGAGUGUGUGUGUGUGUGUGUUUCUCUCCCUCCCUCUGUCUCUUUCUCUCUGGCAGUGUUUGGUCCCCAGUAAAGACACACAUACACCCGACUCACAUACUCGCUCCGCGAUUCUCUCGCUCACUCACUCACUCACUCACUCACUCACUCACUCAUUCACUUACUCGCUCACUAAGUCACGGUUACAAUCUUUCACUCUCUCAGUCUCAGUCACCAGUCAUCGGAUGAGCCCACCAUCUCAGUCUGACUAAGAGGUAAAGCUUGUUUCACUUGACCUACUCUUGGGUUACAAGUUCGGCCAUCCUCCCUUCCCAAGUGGUGAUAGAGGCGUCUCUCUUCACAAACCCGACUUUCGCCUGUAUCUCAUCUUUGCAUAAUCCCGUGCCAUACACAUACAUUCAACAUCAAAUUUCCAACUCGUGAUUGCCUCUCAACACAAGAAAAGAUUGGUGGUGGCGGCAGCGUGUGGUUGUAGUGGGCUCGAGUGAAAAGCUGGAGAUCGGAUUGAGGUCAGUGAAUGAAGAUUGAGACACAGCCCACGGAGAUGGAAGGAAAUCCAAAAAUAGGAUCCACGACCAGUGAUUCGCCCAAGAAUUCUUCAAACACAAGAUAGUUUUACGAAAAAUCGUGUCGUAGACUCGUGGCAAGUCUUCCAACUAUUUCCAUUUAUCAAUUCAAUCUUUGACAAUGGAGGUCCAAGCUCCCAUGAAGCAGUCCAAAAUUCUAACCACUGCAACCAAUAGCUCUUCUUCUACUGUCGAUCGUCACACUCCAGAGCAGUAUCCUCGCAAUCUACCAACGCUUUUCAUUCGCAAGGUCUUUAAAUCGCAUGGGGAAUUCUGUGCCAGCCAACCUUGGGAAGUGAUCGUCACCACGUUCAUUUUCUUAAUCUGUAUUCUUACUGUCGGAAGUAAGCACGUGAUGUUGGUCAACGAGCAUGAUGGGGAUAAUGCUAACUCCUUACCAACUUGCACCUCGAUUCCAAGCAAUGCAAAGUGCAUGGGCCAAGAGUCUUCUAAAGACUGGAUUGAAACUCUUGUGAUGGCGGGUUUUUAUUGUUUGGCUGUACUUCACAUAACCUAUCGAUUCAAAAAGAUCCACCUUAUCCGUUCCAAUCUGAUCUUUAACAUUGCCCUUUGCUAUGUCACCUUUGCGUCCCUGCUCUACGCUUUGGUCAUUUUUAGUAUCGGUAAUCCUCAAAAAGAUAACCUCCAUCAAGCCUGGUUUCUCAUCUUUCUCCUCGUGGAUAUGCAGAAAGUCACAAGAAUGGGCCAAUUUGCCUUGAGUUCAUCUCAUCAUAGAAGAAUCAGCGAAAACGUGGCCAAUGGGAUGUACGUGUUGGCCCCAACGUUCGCAUUGGAUUGCUUGGCCAAGAUCUUCUUGGUGGGAUUGGGAUCGCUCACUGGCAUUCCACAGCUGGAAGCCUUUUCAUGGUAUGCCGUGGUCUCUGUGAUGGUGAACUUUUUGGUGUAUCUGACCUUUUACCCUGCCGGCUUAUCUUUGGUUUUGGAACUGAUGUACUGCACCGAUGGUCGACCCCGAUGGGAUGUGAGACAAAUUAUCAACACUUUGCCCGGCGAGGAUGGUCCGACUCCUGUGGUCCAUCGGGUCAAGGUCAUCGCCACCGCAGCUCUCAUGAUCGUUCAUAUAAUCUUCCGUCCUCCGUUUCUGUUCAGUUGCGAAAUCGAUUACCAGCCGACCACCUUACUCUCCUGGGCUACCAUCAAUGUCGAAAAAGUUCUUGUGACAAUCGUCAUAGUUGCAAUUUCGCUCAAGUACUUGUUUUAUGAGGAUAUGGAUGAAGCUCAAGAACUUCGAAAAACCUACAUUGAAGAACUAACUAGAAAAUUUGCUGAAGACAGUGAACAGGAGGAAUUCAAUCGUGGAAAUAAAGUGGAGAUGGAUCGCGCUUCAAAUUCAACUGAUGAAGGCAUAAGUAUUGGAAGCUCGGCAAAACAAAGGCCUCCGUCGUGUACUUCAAGAAAUGGUGACGAUUCGAGCAGUGAGUCUGCUUGGUCUGAGGUUGGAUAUUUGCCAGACCUCAAAGAUCAAGAGGCCCAAACCACCGACAUGGCUUCCUCCGAGGACGAAGACGAUACCACCCGCAUCCUUAGAGAACCCAGGAGUCUUGAAGAAUGCAUCAAAAUUUACAAAAGCUUGGAUGAUUGGGUUGAUUGCUUAAUGGAUGAAGAAUUGGUCACCUUGAUUGAAAGGAAAGUGAUCCGGGCCCAUGCUUUGGAGAGCGUUCUGAAUAGCUCUCAGAGAGGUGUCGAAGUGAGACGAAAGUUCAUUGAAAAGAUGGCAAAGCGCGAUAUUGGAAAUUUGCCAUUUAGAAACUUUGAUUAUGAAACUGUGAUGGGAGCUUGUUGCGAAAGUGUAAUAGGUUAUAUGACGAUGCCUGUUGGAGUUGCAGGCCCUCUACUUCUCGAUGGCAAAUUGUUUUAUGUUCCUAUGGCUACAACAGAAGGAUGCUUGGUUGCCAGCGUCAACCGUGGAUGCAGUGCUCUCCGCUCUUGCGGCGUUACAAGUCGUAUCAUUGGAGACGGCAUGACUCGAGGCCCCAUUGUUCGUUUUCCUAAUAUCUCCAAAAUGGCCGAGGCCAAAGAGUGGAUUGAAGAGCCUGAAAACUUCCAACAAAUCAAAAAGAACUUCGACAGUACAAGUCGCUUUGCAAGACUCCAAAGACUCAAAGUCAAGCCCGCUGGACGUGAGCUCUACAUUCGGUUUGUUGCCCACACGGGCGACGCAAUGGGUAUGAACAUGAUUUCCAAAGCCUCAGAAUUCUCACUGAAGAAACUGGCAGAUGUCUUUCCUGAUAUGGAAAUCAUCAGUCUUAGUGGCAACAUGUGCACUGACAAGAAACCAGCAGCCAUUAAUUGGAUUGAUGGUAGGGGAAAGUCAGUCAUAUGUGAGGCCAAUAUCCCUCGACAAAUUGUGGAAUCUGUCCUCAAGACUACUCCGGCAGCACUCGCAGAUCUCAACAGAUCCAAAAACUUAGUGGGUUCGGCCAUGGCAGGCAGUAUUGGUGGUUUCAAUGCUCAGGCUGCUAACGUGGUCACCGCAGUUUUUAUCGCCACUGGGCAAGACGCAGCCCAGAAUGUGGCAAGUAGCAACUGUCUUACGCAAAUCGACGUUGUUGGUGAAGACCUCUACAUGACUUGCACGAUGCCCUCAAUUGAGGUUGGCACUGUUGGAGGAGGAACCAUCUUAACGGCUCAAGGCGCCUGUCUUGAGCUUCUGGGCGUCAAGGGAUGCCAGCCUACCUCUCCAGGAGCAAACGCGAAGCAAUUGGCCAGUGUGGUGUGUGCUACUGUUCUGGCUGGUGAACUCUCUUUAAUGUCAGCCUUAGCCGCUGGUCAUCUGGUGAAGAGCCAUCUCCGACACAACAGAUCUAAUUUGACUGUCUCCUCAGCCGCAGCAGUUCUUGACUCAGCCGAAAAGUCCGCAUUGUGUGUUCAGUCUGCACCCAAUACUCCUUAGCCUUCAGCCAUGGGUCUCCAAUUCGAACAGCACAGCAUCUUUCGCACAACUGACAACAACAAUUAUACAUUCUGAUAGAUGCAUUUAACUCAACAACAUCGAAUCCUCUCCCAAAUUUGAAAUCAUGGACGUGAGCAAAUAUCACGAGACGGACGAGACGGACGGACAGACCUAUAACAACUUCUAUAUUCUUUGAAUACAACUUCUGCACCAUCGAUCGCCACUACAACUACUAUUUCUACUCAACUACCACACGCAACUAUUGCUACUACUUCUACCCCCACAAAAACUACAACUACUACUACUACUACUAGUACUACUACUAGUAGUAGUACUACUCUAAUACUACUACUACUACUACUACUACUACUACUACCACUACUACUACCACUACUACUACCACUACUAUCGCUAUUACUACUACUUUUACAACAACUACAAACACCUGCACACGCAUCCAUGGAACGCCGAGCUUAUGAGCGAAAUCUGUGGUGGAGAUUAUUUAAUGUUCAUGAAAAAAAGGCCUCGCCCCACUUCUCGCACUAGUGACUUGUAAGAUCCGCAACCAAUGUGAAUGUAUGAAUAAGAUGUGAUUGAUCACAAGAAUGAAGGAAAUGAAUUUCUGAUCCCAGGUCUCCAAUAAAACAAGAUAUAUUUUUUGCACCAAUAAAACACGGCUUUCUGGUCAAA